CGGAACCAUUCCCGGAUGGCAUUGAGUCAGCGGAGAUGCAAGGAUGGCAGACAAAUGUUUGGUCAUCAGAUAUUAAAUGUGUCAUGAUUUGAUUAUUAUUGAACUUCCGCAUUACUCUGAAAAUAUUUUUAAAUGGGUCACGAUCCAGAGUCUUAAAAUUCAAUUCAAUUUUGUUAAAAAAGACCACCAAAUGGAUUCUUUGUCUCCUUCCCUACUACUUCUUGCCAUCAUCUCCUGCACCUUCCUCUGUGAAGUUAAAUCUACGAAGUUCACCGUCAUUAACAACUGUCCGUACACAAUCUGGCCGGCAACUCUCACCGGAGGAGGCGGCAGUUCUCAAGCCCCGACCGGGUUCGAACUUGCACAAGGCGCGUCUACGUCAUUCGACAUCCCCGCUAAAUGGACCGGGCGUUUUUGGGCGAGGACCCAAUGCACCGUCCAGAACGGAAAGUUCUCAUGCAUGACCGCUGACUGUGGCUCCGGCCAAGUGGCGUGCAACAGAGCCGGAGCGAUCCCUCCGGCAACGCUAGUGGAAUUCACGUUAGGGGGGUUCCAAGAUCAGGAUUUUUACGACGUCAGCCUGGUGGACGGAUUCAACCUCCCGGUGUCCGUCGUGCCAGACAACCCAAACUGUCGCCGAACAGACUGCCCGGUGGACGUGAACGCAAAGUGCCCGGCUGAGCUGGCGUUGAAGGACGGGAAUGGGGCGGUGGUUGGAUGCAAGAGCGCGUGUUUGGCACUGGGGCAGCCGCAGUACUGUUGCACUGGGCAGUAUGGGUCGCCAGCAACAUGCCCGCCGACACAAUAUUCCUUAUUUUUCAAGGGGUUGUGUCCCAAUGCAUAUAGUUAUGCUUAUGAUGACAAGACAAGCACUUUCACUUGCAAAACUGGUCAGGCCAAUUACGCAAUCACCUUCUGCCCUUAGAAUAUAUAAAUCAUAUUAAUAUUUUAUUUAUGUGAGAUUAAAUGUAUUUCAAUUUUGUUUCUUGUCGUUGAAAGCUUCAAUUAGUAGCGACUUGUUGUUUCUUAUCACUACUCCUAAAAUCACAAAAAUAAACUAUUGUAAUUUCAUCAUGGAGUAUGUAAUAGUCCAGUUUUGAUUGUUUGAGGUCAAAGUUGAUAAAUUUUGAUCAUUAAUUAAAUAAAAGUUAUAUUGGAUAAUGAUACAAGAAUAAAUUUAUUACACAUAU